AUGGCUUCUCAAUCUCAAACAAAACUCACCGUCUCAACCUCACCCAAAAGCGACAGUGGAAUCGGCGAUCUAAUCCCCAAAGGACAACAGUGUCUAUGUUCUCCAACGACACACGAAGGAUCUUUCCGGUGUCGUUUUCAUCGAUCAGGGACAUUUUCGUCAUCUACUCCUCCAUCCUGGAUCAAAAGAACCAAAUCUAUGCCUCCUAAUCACAAAUCAGUUGUUAAUGUUUCUCUUUCUGUUUCUCCACAGUGA